CCAAAUUUCAAAGCCCGAAAGGGUUUAUCCUGCUCUUCGUGUUCUCUGUAAAAUCCUAUAAAUCAAGUUUCCAAUUAAGUUCAUACAGUACAUUUUCAAUCAAUUCGAGCAAUGUCUCACAAAAAUGACGGCGUUCGCUUCACUUCAUGUCCUCUCAAAGUUCCUCUCUUUCGUCCCCAUUCUUCCCUCCCCCUUCUUUCCCAAACACUGAGUAAAACUAGGAAUUCGCUCUCCCAAAUACUUGAUUCGCUUAAAUUUCGCUCCACUGAGUCGAAUUGUUCUGUGUCAUUUACUCAGAAACUUCAUUCGGCUGCCGCACUCUUGCUCGGAGGGAACAAGGACAUGCUUCCGCUGCUCUGUUCUGCGUCCUUGUCUGUCACUCAAUCUGAGUCGGUAGCGAAUUCUCCGCUUCUAUGCUCGACAUCGCUGUCUCUGAGUCAGCCGGCGCCCGAGUCUUCGUCGACUCAAACUGAGUCAUCGACUCAGCAACUGAAGGGGCCGGCACAUUCACUGAGUCGGUAUGACGAAGAGCGAGUCUUGAUAAGUGAAGUUCUAGUGAGAAACAAAGACGGUGAAGAGCUUGAAAGAAAAGAUCUUGAAACUGAAGCCUUAGCAGCGUUAAAAGCUUGCCGUGCCAACUCCGCUUUAACGAUUCGUGAGGUCCAAGAGGACGUCCAUAGAAUCAUCGAUAGCGGUUACUUCUGUUCGUGUAUGCCAGUGGCCGUGGAUACGCGUGACGGCAUCAGAUUGGUCUUUCAGGUAGAACCGAACCAGGAGUUUCAUGGUUUAGUAUGUGAAGGGGCUAAUGUUCUUCCAUCAAAGUUUCUGGUGGAUUCUUUUCGUGAUGGUUAUGGAAAAAUUGUUAAUGUAAGGCGUUUGGAGGAAGUGAUAAGUUCCAUCAAUGGGUGGUAUACAGAACGUGGCCUUUUUGGCUUGGUCUCUGGUGUUGAAAUUCUUUCUGGUGGUGUAAUAAGAUUACAAGUUGUAGAAGCUGAGGUCAAUAAUAUUUCUAUACGUUUCCUUGACAGGAAGACUGGUGAGCUGACUAAAGGGAAGACAAAGCCUGAAACAAUACUACGGCAACUUACAACCAAGAAAGGACAGGUUUACAGUGUGUUUCAAGGGAAAAGAGAUGUGGAAACAGUGUUGACCAUGGGAAUCAUGGAAGAUGUCAGCAUUAUUCCCCAACCUGCAGGAGAUACUGACAAGGUUGACUUAAUAAUGAAUGUUGUUGAACGCCCUAGUGGAGGUUUUUCUGCUGGUGGCGGCAUAUCAAGCGGCAUCACAAAUGGUCCUCUAUCUGGGCUCAUAGGAAGCUUUGCCUAUUCUCAUCGAAAUGUAUUCGGAAGAAACCAAAAAUUUAAUAUUUCAUUAGAGAGGGGCCAAAUUGACUCCAUAUUUCGUAUAAAUUACACAGACCCAUGGAUUGAAGGAGAUGACAAGCGGACUUCUCGAACUAUUAUGGUUCAGAAUUCAAGAACCCCUGGUACCCUUGUCCAUGGGAAUCAGCCUGACAAUAGCAGUCUGACCAUUGGCCGUGUAACAGCAGGUAUAGAAUUUAGCCGACCAAUCAGGCCAAAGUGGAGUGGGACUGCUGGACUUAUUUUUCAGCGUGCCUGUGCCCGUGACGAAAAAGGAAAUCCUGUUAUCAAAGACUUCUACAGCAGUCCUCUUACUGCCAGUGGCAAGACCCAUGAUGAUACAUUGAUUGCUAAAUUGGAGUGUGUCUAUACUGGUUCUGGUGAUCGCGGAUCUUCAAUGUUUGUUUUCAAUGUAGAACAGGGACUCCCUGUCCUGCCGGAGUGGUUGUUUUUCAAUAGAGUGACUGCUCGUGUGAGAAAGGGUGUAGAAGUUGGUCCUGCUCGUAUUCUUUUAAGUUUGUCCGGUGGGCAUGUAGUAGGUAAUUUCUCUCCUCAUGAAGCCUUUGCCAUUGGGGGAACAAAUAGUGUGAGAGGCUAUGAAGAAGGUGCAGUGGGCUCCGGUCGAUCUUAUGUUGUUGGCUCUAGUGAAAUCUCUUUCCCAAUGUUAGGGCCAUUGGAAGGAGUUAUUUUUUCAGACUAUGGAACAGACCUUGGAUCAGGCUCUACUGUGCCUGGUGAUCCUGCUGGGGCAAGAUUGAAACCUGGCAGUGGAUAUGGAUAUGGGUUUGGUAUCCGUGUUGACUCCCCUCUGGGGCCUUUGCGACUUGAAUAUGCAUUUAAUGAUAGACAGGCAAAGAGGUUUCACUUUGGGGUUGGCCACCGAAAUUAAAGUCCUUUUCUGCGUUCUAAUAUUCUUAUGUGGGUUCUACUUAUACAUCACUGAUGCAGGUGAAUUAGUUCUGUUUUCAAUCUUCAUCAUUGUUGCCUGGAAUAACACCUGGUGGUAUCUUUAUGUAAUUUAGGGUAAAUUAGUUGAAUUGCUGUUUGGCAUUUAUUGGUAGUGAGUUCAUUUUCUCAUGAAUAGCAUGUUGAAGGUUUUACUCGGUGAGAUUAAGUUUUCUGCCAAUUUUUCAUGUUUUCAAAUCACAAUACUGGUCGUGGAUCCUUUGCCAUUAUAAAGCUGGUAUUAGGUUUCUUUCCUCGCCA